CUGUAAACAUACACUGUACAUACAAGGCUGUUUUUAACAAACGAUCCACACACUUUAACUUCCUUGAUAGUGGAGUGAAAAUAGGGGAUGAUUUGUGUCGUAAACUCAGUCGUAUUGAUGUGCUUGAUGUGACAUGGAUGAAUAAUUCAAUGCGUGGACAGUGACCGGACAUAAAUACGUCACACCAGUAACAGGUGGAACACACUUCACCAAUUAAAUUGAGGACAGACGUGUAGAUAAACGGACCUAUUGCAAUAUCUUGGGUUCACUGGUCAGUGAAACAUAAUAUUCACAAGCUUCCACUGCUGAUCAAAACAUGAAUGCAAAAAGUGAAGUAAAGCUUAAAUUAUUCAACAAGUUUUGUGAACUUCGCAAAGAGGGGAUAGAUAGAGGAUUGGACCCGGAUGUCAUUCAUGCAAUAUUCCAGGGGAAAACCGUCCAAGUGAGAAUCGAACCUUGGGUCAACAGGGUGUUGUGGGGCCUAGCCAUCGUCAUUGCUGUUUUGUCCAUUUUUCUGGGAGGUCUUGCGUAUCAUUACGAUUUUAAAGAAGAGAUAGUGAUGGCUUUAAAGCACUCUAGAUGUAUUAUUGACAACAAUGGUUUCGUCAUUGAAAUAACCAGACCGAAAACAAAUUGUCAGAUUUGUGAAAAUCUACUUUCUGUUCCUAUGGAAACCAACAUUUCCACAGAGGAGUUUAUCCGGAAGUACGCCUACACCGCCGUACCCGUCCUCGUGAAGGACGCUACCCGGCUAUGGACGGCCAUGGACACUUUCAGUUUCAGAUUUUUUAGGGAUCUCUACAAAUCCGUCAACGGUUCAUUAGAUGCUGUUGAAGAGGAAUGUCAAUUUUUUCCAUAUAAAACAGAGUUUGAAACUCUCGAAGACGUUUUAAAUAUGACUGAAGAUCGAGCCGAUUUUAAAGAAGGAGAGAAACACUGGUAUGUGGGAUGGAGUAACUGUCACCCUGGUGUUUCGAGCGUUCUCAGAGAACAUUAUCAAAAACCGUACUUCCUACCAAACGACUCGGAAUCCAGUGCGCUGGACUGGAUCUUCAUGGGCGGAACCGGAUUGGGUGCCUUCAUACACUUAGACUAUGUACAGCGGCCAUCCUGGCAGGCCCAGAUCUCCGGUAAGAAGACGUGGAGCUUGAUUCCGACCCCGGAGUGUGAACACCUGUGUCACAGUAUGAACAUCACUGUACAGAAGGGAGACAUAAUUGUAGUGGACACAAAUCAAUGGUACCACUCCACCUACAUUCACCCAGGGGAGAUAAGCAUAACCAUCGGGUCGGAGUACGACUAGAUGUAGCGCAAUCAGCAUCAAUAAUACAAUGUUAUACUACCGAACUAAGACCUGUCAUCACAUCACUGGUAAAUAUUGUUCUAUGCACGUGUGUCUCGCUUAGUGGGAGUGACCAUUGUCCAAGGGACCAGUUAUGAAUAAUGACUACGCCGAUAUCAGCUACACCAAUCAACAGAGGGCUGGACAUCAAUAAUGACUACGUCGAUAUCAGCUACACCAAUCAAUAGAGGGCUGGACAUCAAUAUUAACUACGUCCAUAUCAACUACACCAAUCAUCUGAAGGCCGGGUGUGGCUGGUGAUAUCGCCCACAUCAGCUACACUACAUGUAAUCACCAAGGUAUAUAAAGAGUGGCUGCACCCAUAUUAACUACGCCCAAACAUCACUAACCAAUCAUCUGAAGGCCGGGUGUGGCUGGUGACCACGCCCACAUCAGCUACACUACAUGUAAUCACCAAGGUACAUAAAGAGUGGCUGCACCCAUAUUAACUACGCCCAAACAUCACUAACCAAUCAUCUGAAGGCCGGGUGUGGCUAGUGACCACGCCCACAUCAGCUACACUAUAUGAAAUCACCAAGGUAUAUAAAGAGUGGCUGCACCCAAAUUAACUAUCGGUGUCCUAGACUCGGUUAUAACCGGAACAAGGACGUUAAGCCCAAUCAAUCAAUCAAUCAAUAUUACCAACCCCGAAACAUCACGGACCUGAUCUGAAGUGACCACGACCAUAGUGGUCGGAUGUGAAGUGACCACGCUAAUAUCACCCACACCAAAUCAUCAGGGCCCGGAUCCGAAGAGUGACCACGCCCAUAGGUGUCGGGUGUGAACAGUGACCAUGCUUAUAUCAUCUGUACCAAUCAUCAGGGAUCAGAUGUGAAGAGUGACCACGCCCAUAGGGGUCGGGUGUGAACAGUGACCAUGCUUAUAUCAUCUGUACCAAUCAUCAGGGGUCAGGUGUGAAGAGUGACCACGCCCAUAGGGGUCGGGUGUGAACAGUGACCAUGCUUAUAUCAUCUGUACCAAUCAUCAGGGGUCAGGUGUGAACAGUGACCACGCCCAUAGGGGUCGGGUGUGAACAGUGACCAUGCUUAUAUCAUCUGUACCAAUCAUCAGGGGUCAGAUGUGAAGAGUGACAAUGCCUAUCUAAUUUUGGGUUCACUGAUUGGUAAUUAUAUUAAUAGAUACAGAUACCCAUGUCAAUGUCCAGUGCCUUUGUCUCCGUGUCGAGUAAUAUCUGUCUCAAAUUAUGUUUCUCUGAGUCAUCAGUCCGAUAAAGACAAUUUUAAAAUGUCUCUUCAGAUAUAUGUCUUUAUAUUUCAGCAUAAUAGGAAUGAACAGUGAUUGUAUUUUCUAACAUUUCUGUCAUCGUCUGACACUAGGGCCUAGACGGUAGGGGCGAAUGUGAUGUUCUAUAUAUAUACUGACACUAGGGUCUAGACGGUGAUCGACGCUUCUAGGGGCGAAUGUGAUGUUCUAUAUAUAUACUGACACUAGGGUCUAGACGGUGAUCGACGCUUCUAGGGGCGAAUGUGAUGUUCUUCAUUUGUGUUAUAGGGGGGAUUUGAUUCUCUACGCUAAUGAUAUAGGUGAGAAUUUGAUUCUCUACGUUUGUGUUAUAGGGAAGAAUUUGAUUCUCUACGUUUGUGUUAUAGGGAAGAAUUUGAUUCUCUACGUUUGUGUUAUAGGGAAGAAUUUGAUUCUCUACGUUUGUGUUAUAGGGAAGAAUUUGAUGCUUAACACUAUUGUUAUAGGGGAGAAUUUGAUGCUUAACACUAUUGUUAUAUGGGAGAAUUUGAUGUGAUGCUCUACGCUUGUGUGAUACGGAGAAACAAUGUACUUGAAAUAAACACGUAUUUGAAAUGAAA